AUGAAUUUAUUUACGAGCCUACCCAGUUCUAAAAAAUCUCUCUUUCUCUCUCCCUACUCUCUCACUCUCUCUCUCUCUCUCUCUCUCUCUCUUGCCCUCCCUCUCUAUUUAUCUGUCUCUUUUUCUAUCUAUCUAUCUUUAUUUAUUUCUCUUUCUUUCUUUCUUUCUUUCUUUCUUUCUUUCUUUCUUUCUUUCUUUCUUUCUUUCUUUCAAUAUUUUCACGCGCUAUCGGAUUUUUCACCGAGUAUCUCUCACUAUAUCUUUCUUCUUACCCUCACUUUUGGCUUACACUCCCCCCAUCUCUUUGAUCUACCAAGAGUAUGCAACGGUAAUUUGAUAUCUAUCUAUCUAUCUAUCUAUCUAUCUCAUUCAUUUAACAUAUGUGUGUCUAUCUCACUCUAUCUAUCUAUCUAUCUUCAUCUCUUUAUAUGGAUCUAUCUUCAACAACCAUUUAAUAUAAGUCUGUCCUACUCUAUUCAUAUCUAUCUAUCUAUCUAUCUAUCUAUCUAUCUAGCUCUCUGGUCACGUCUCUCUCUCUCUCUCUCUCUCUCUCUCUCCUCUCUCUCUCUCUCUCUCUCUCUCUAUGUGCGUGCGUGUGCGCGCAUGUGUGCGUGUGUUUGUUGA